CUAAUGCACGAAACAUAAUUUGAAAGCAGGGGGGUUGAAAUAAGAAAAACCAUUUCUCCUCCCCCAUAUAAGGCCAUCAUUAAAGGGAAGAUCACUUGUAACAGUCACUUUUUCCCGCAUUUUUUCUUUAAGCUCAGUGUUCUUCACCUCUCAAUCCCUCUUCACCACCCUUCUUACACACAUAUCAUGACUAGCAGUAAUGUAGACUCGAACCUUUUAAAAACCCAAAUGAAUUCACUGGAGCUGUUACAACGAAAGACACAAUCUUUAGUUGACUGCAAAGCAACAUUAAUGUCAAAAACAGAGGUUUUAGAUUCUAAAAAAAGUUUACUACAAGAAACAAAUUCAGAAAGACAACGCUUACAACGAGAAAAGAAGUUAUUACGAGAAAUGCUGCAAAAUAUUAAUCAGGAUCUAGAAUCGCUGCAAGAAGUCGAACAAUCACUAACAAAAGAAAGUGACGAUCUGGAACGAUCUGUUAAUAAAAUAAAAAACGAACAGUAUGAACCUUUGCAGGACCAAGUCAAUGAAAUUCGAUUAAAGAUUGGAUUAAAUAAAUUACCACAUAUUCAGCAGGAACUGGAAGCAAGAUUAGCAAAAAUAUUAGAGGAUAGAAGGGUGAAGUGGCAACAAGAAGAAAGCGAAUCAUCAGCGUCGCCUACAGGCAAGAGAAGAAGACUAGCCGCCGCUAGUAGAUCCAGAAGAUGAACCUUCUCACUACAAAUAAAAUUAAGCUUCUUCAACUAUUUCCCGAGACUCUUCUUUUCGUUUUUUUGUUUUUUGUUUUCUUUCUUUUUAUAAUGUUCCCCCUCUUCUCGAAAUUUUUUAUUGAUGGGCGCAAAUAAUUCAAGAAAGUUAAGUGACCCCACCUCAUCACCAAAAGGGCUCAUCGGCAAAUUACAUGGCAAUUUACAUAGAAAGCAAUCCAGCACAAAUACAUCGGAGAUAACCAGCAGUAAUUUAUCAAACAAGAAAAGUUUAUUUAAGCGAAGAUCCUCCGAGCAAGAUGAAAGAGGGACCAAUUCACCCAUAUCAUCAAUAGAGCAACUACCACUCAGCUCUAGUCCAAUGAUCACGGCGGCUGAAAAAGCAUCUGCUCUAUAUGACCAAAACGUGGGGUCUUCAAAUGAUCCUUCUGUACCACAACAAAUGGCAUCCCGCUUAGCUAAUUGUUCACUGGACAG